GUAACAGUAAUAGCUUGUGUGUGUGCUGAUGGAGUAGUGCUGCCGCCUAGAGUCAUCUACGCCGCUGCUGGAAAAGAUGUCCAAUCUGUAAAGAAAGUAGGGGAAGGACUAGACUACGUUCUUCCUAGUCUUGAAGGACCUAGACAAAUCUAG